AUGUCCAGCUUCGAGCUGGCGUGCGCGGUCACCGCGGCCGACGGCGGCGCGCAGCUCACGCACCACGUCGUUGGCACGCAGGGAUACCUCACCCCCGAGUGCCUCAAAAACAGCCUCAUCACGCCCAAGGUUGGCGUGUUCGGGGGCAUCCUGCUCGAGCUGCUGUCCGGGAAGGACGCCGCGUUCGUGGACGACGCGGGCGAGGAAACGCUGCUGUGGGAAUCCUCGGAGGAGGCGCUGGUGGACACGGAAGGGCAGACGCUCGCAUUUAGCAGAGGAGAUGGCGAGAGGCGCCGCUGA